AUGUCUUCAGCCGAAGAAGAGGUUCAUCAUGAUUUAGAAAUUCAAGAAGUUGAUGCUGGCUCUCAGGAAAAGGCUACAAUUCCAGUCAACAAGCUUAAGAAGGGUGGCUACGUUCUCAUCGAAGGCCGUCCAUGCCGUGUUGUCGAUAUCACAAAGUCCAAGACAGGUAAGCACGGACACGCCAAGGCAGGCAUUGCCGGCACAGAUCUUUUCACAGGCCGUCGUUAUGAAACUCACCUUCCAACAUCUCACGAAAUCGAAGUUCCAUUUGUUGACCGUUCCGAUUAUGGUCUCAUUAACAUUGAUGAUGACCACACACAGCUUCUUACCCUUGAUGGCACACUCCGCGAGGAUGUUGAUCUUCCACCAGAGGGCAAUGAAAUGCGCCAGCGUGUUAUUGACCUCUUCAAUCAGUGCGUUAACACCAACGACCAGGUUGUUGUUACAGUUCUUUCAUCCAACGGUGAAAACCUCAUUGUCGACUGCAAGAAGUCUACAAAUUAA